AAAAGAUUGAAGAAGACGAACAUCAACAAUAUCAAUGGCGGUCCCUCAUCCCACACGGACCUAGACCGAGCGGCUUGAUCGCUCUCGAUUGAUUUUCAUCGAGAUACAUCUUGACAACCCGACUUUCCGCCAUAGCCUCAGAUUCUCCAUUUCGAGCCUGGUCCUGGUUGCGGUUCUAGCAGUAAAGCUCACUUAUCUGCAGCCACAGGAUGGCUAGGCACGGGGACACUCGCUCACCAUCACCUGCAGGCAGUUCAUUUUCCUCGUCAAAACGAAGCCGGAGAGAUGAGGAUCGAUACGAGAGGAGUCGGCGAGACGAUGACCGUGGUCACCGCCGGAGGCAUUCAAGAUCUCGGAGUCCUGAUCGACGACAUCGCGAUCGAGACAGAGAUCGAGACCGUGAGGGUUACCGACGAAGAGACCGCUCAAUAGACCGCCGCUACGACGGCCGACGAGAUGAUGACUACUACUAUUCAAGACGGGACAAGUCUCGAGACCGCAGACGCUCAAGAGGCGGUGAAGACCGUCGUCGAAGCCGAGAUAGAGAUACACGUCCCAGGCGGGACGACUCUCGCGACAGAGAUCGCCGGCCUAGAGACGAAUCUACCGAGUCCCGAAAACGAAAGCGGGAGGACAGUCGGGACAGACAUGCUCGCAAAGAGUCCAAAGAUGUGUCUAGAGAGAAUUCUAAACCCUCAACACCUAUUGCGCAAUCCGCCGAAGAACAGAAAGCAGCUCGACUUGCCAAACUGGAACAAUGGAAAAAGAAGCAGGCCGAAGAACAAGCCAAGAAACAGAAAGAGCUCGAGGCCGCGGGUGGUGCACGCAGUAUUCUGAACGAAAUUGACAGAAGAGCAGGGUUUUCGCCAGCAGUUAUUUCGCCACGAUCACCGGUGACACCAGCGACACCAGCUUCCCCGUCUUCCGCUGCCAUCCCCUAUACCGGCAAAUUUGACCCAAAGGCUAUCGUGAAGAAAGCACACCACACGUCGUCAGCAAACAAAGUCCUGGGUGGCGACGUUGCUGCACCAGCCAUCGUCAACGGCCAUGUGCCAAUGGCCGAGGCCUCACCGAGAUCUCCUGCGAAUGGUGUCUCAGCCUCUAAGUCACUCAAAGCGAAGGGUACUCUGGGAAAAUUCGGGCUUGGAACCAAAGCCGGCCUCGAAACCGACGUGUCAAAAAGAGCGUUGGAUUUUGAAGACGAUGAAGGCACCAAGAAAAAAUUGGAGAAACUCCCUAACCUCGCUCUCGAAGACACUGGCACCAACGAUGCGCAAGCCGGCCCCGCUGAGGACGAAGGCGAUGAGGAUGCGGAUAUGCAGGAUGAAGGGUCAGAGGAGAGCAUGGCUGCCGCUCGUGCAGCUGCGGAACUGCGAAGUCAAGCUGAACGUGGCGAAGAUACCGCCAUGGCUGACGUUGCUGCCUCUGCUGCUGUGGCCAACGCAAACGGUCAAGAAGAAGAAGAGGAAGAGAUCGACCCACUUGACGCCUUUAUGCAAGAUCUUCAGCCUGUGCAGGCUACCAGGUCAUUUGCCAUGAAAUCGAUGUCGAAAGCCCGGCAACAAGAGCCGGAAGCUCUAUUUGGAGAUGAUGGAAUCGACCUCACUGCCGUUGACGAUGAAAACCCCGACAGUAUUCUGUCACUAGCCUCCACUGCCGCCAAAAAGAAGAAAAAGGAUAUUCCCGCCGUGAAUCAUGCCAAGGUCCAAUAUCAACCCUUCAGGCGUAAUUUCUACUCCGAGCCUGUGGAUAUGGCAGACUGGACAGAGGAAGAAGUUGCCAACCUGAGAAUGGAACUUGACAAUAUCAAGGUCAGAGGUGUUGAUGUUCCCAAGCCCGUGCAAAAAUGGGCGCAAUGUGGUCUUGGUGUUCAAGUUCUGGAGGUCAUCCAGAAGCUGGGAUACGAAGCACCGACAAGUAUUCAGUCUCAAGCUGUUCCGGCGAUCAUGUCAGGCCGAGACGUUAUCGGUGUCGCAAAAACUGGAUCUGGCAAAACUAUUGCUUUUCUUCUUCCCAUGUUCCGACAUAUCAAGGAUCAACGUCCGUUGGACCCCUUGGAUGGACCCAUUGGGCUUGUACUUAGCCCGACUCGAGAGCUUGCUACUCAGAUACACAAAGAGUGUAAGCCUUUCUUGAGGGCACUUGGCCUUCGGGCGGUCUGUGCCUACGGUGGUGCUCCCAUCAAGGAUCAAAUUGCUGAUUUAAAGCGAGGAGCAGAAAUAGUUGUCUGCACGCCUGGUCGAAUGAUCGAUUUACUUGCCGCGAACAGUGGGCGGGUGACCAAUCUGAAGCGAGUCACCUAUGUUGUGCUCGAUGAGGCUGAUCGAAUGUUUGACAUGGGUUUUGAACCUCAAGUCAUGAAAAUUCUAGCCAACAUCCGACCUGAUCGUCAGACGGUUUUGUUCUCGGCAACUUUCCCACGCCAGAUGGAAGCGCUUGCGAGAAAGACUCUUAGCAAACCCAUUGAGAUUGUGGUCGGCGGUCGCAGCGUUGUUGCUCCCGAGAUCACCCAAGUUGUCGAAGUCCGUGAGGAGAACACAAAAUUUGUCCGGCUGCUUGAACUGCUUGGCAAGUUAUACGAAGAUGACAAGAACGAAGAUGACCGAGCCCUCAUUUUCGUUGAUCGACAAGAAUCUGCCGACGGUCUGCUCAGAGAUCUGAUGAAGAAGGGCUACCCAUGCAUGUCAAUUCACGGCGGAAAAGAUCAGAUCGAUCGAGACUCGACCAUUGACGACUUCAAAGCUGGCGUGGUCCCGAUUCUGAUUGCUACCUCGGUUGCAGCCCGUGGUCUCGAUGUCAAGCAGUUAAAGCUAGUGGUCAACUACGAUGCACCGAACCAUCUCGAAGAUUACGUACACCGCGCUGGUCGGACAGGCAGAGCAGGAAACACGGGGACUGCUGUGACCUUUCUGACAGAAGAACAGGACCGAUACGCCGUCGACAUCGCCAAGGCACUAAAACAGAGCGGCCAGCCCGUGCCAGAGUCUGUGCAGAAGCUUGUCGACACCUUCAUGGAGAAAGUGAAAGCUGGUAAGGAGAGGGCGGGAGCCUCAGGAUUUGGUGGCAAGGGGCUUGAACGACUUGACCAGGAGCGCGAUGCUGCUAAGGCUCGUGAGCGCAAGACCUUCAAGACUGGUGACGAAGGAGACGAGCAAGAAGACAAAGAAGAAGGCAGGGACGUCACGGUUGGCGACGAGAUCUUCGCCAAAGCCGCCUCAGGCGUGAAGGCCUCGGAUGCGCCUCCUUCAAGCAGUCUCCCUGGCGUGCCGAAGGGCAUUGAUCUGGAUGGCAAGAUCACCGUCCACCGAACGGAGCGCGAACCUGCAGCGACCGGACCGAAGAACCAAAUGGACAGAGUCGCCGCAGCGGUCGGUGCGAUCAAUGAGAAGCUCUCAAAGGCGGGUAUCAUGCGCUCUGGAGUGCCUAUCGACAACAAAGGACCCGAUGCUGGCGCUUUCCAUGCUACACUCGAAAUCAACGAUUUCCCUCAAAAGGCACGCUGGGCCGUCACCAAUCGGACGAACGUCGCAAAGAUCCUCGAGGCAACGGGCACGUCGAUUACGACGAAAGGCUCAUUUUACGCGGCUGGAAAAGAGCCUGGGCCAAACGACAAUCCGAAGUUGUACAUUCUUGUGGAGGGAGAUACGGAAGUUGUCGUCCAUGAUGCCAUGAGAGAGCUGAUGCGGUUGUUGAAGGAGGGCACGAUGAGCGCGGCAGAUGCUUCUGAGCGAACUGGUGGACGAUACUCUGUUGUUUAGGAAGCACCUAACACAGUUUUUGGUCUGUAGAUGUUUGAAUGCGAACGUGAAGCCGCACGAGAUACCUUUUCAUUGAUUCCCUG